GUUCUGCUGCUUUCCCUAUUUUUCGUGAUUUAAGGCGCAAACUUAGGCAAAUUUAGACGAAAAACAUCUACAACUGUCAGCAAAUAACAGCUAGGUUUCAUAAGACUGUGCCUUAAGACAAUAAAAUAAAGCCAAACGAAGGCAGGUGACCAUCAUGGAAAGGGGACUAAGUCGAUAAAAGCAAAAUUUAGCAGCUGCGUCUUGUGAUAAAGAAAUCCAGCCAUUCACAUGGCAACAAAUUCCAACACUUUUCACUUCUUGGGCGCAUUUCACGAUCCGAUAAACAAAUCCGUAUCCUUUGCAAGAGAAUUCAAAUCGGCCAUUGCGCUGAUUUGAAAGUGGAACUGGAUGUAAAGGCAAUGGCUGUUCGGCGGUAUUUUUUAAUGGGUGAGGAUCCCGUCUAUUCAGAUCCCGCUGACUUAAACUGGGAUUGGGGCCACCCGAAGCGCCUGUGCGGGUGCGGUUUAGGGCGAUCUAUUUCAGGACAUGUAGGAACUCAGUUCCAUAGAUGAAAGGCAAGAAAUGCGUACAGGGCCGGUGUCAGAUUGCAACUAAAUCGCGGGUUGGGAUAUUGCGGGAAACAGCUAAGCACGUCUGUAUCAAGGAAGGCGUAGAGAAGGCUCCUGGAGGAAGAGGAUUCCAACGGAAGUGGCCAUGACGUACAGCGGGAAAUAUGCUUCGGGGCCCAAUAGGCAGCCGGCGCCGGCGCUCGGGGGCGGGGAGAGUUGAGCUCAUCGGCGGAGAAACCAGGAGAAGUUUUACUCUGUCAGAAGCAGCUCGUGUCUUCCCGCUCUGCCGCCGCCGCCGCCUUUUCUUUGACGUGGGCUUUCUGUGUGUCUUUCUCCUCGGUCUCCUCGCCACAUGGAUCCGGUACAAAUCGCCGCUGUUUCGUCGCCUGCUGAGGCGAAUCCGGGCCCAACUUGGCCGCAAAGCAAGGGUUCCUGUACCUUUAUCAACUGUGUGAUAGGCAGAAAUACAAUAGAGCACAGAAACAGAGUAUGGAUCAUGAUUCUCGCUCAUUUAUAUAAUUGCCCAUGGGGCGCUCCUAAAAAUCCUACCAUAUCAUGUUCCCUUGCUGAUGUCAUGAGUGAACAAUUAGCUAAAGAGCUGCAGCUGGAAGAAGAAGAUUCUGCUUUUCCGGAAGUGACAUCGGUUGUUGAAGGUCCAUUUAUUAGUGGAGAGAAUAUUGAUACAUCUAGUGACCUGAUGCUGGCACAGAUGCUUCAAAUGGAAUUUGACAGAGAGUAUGAUGCACAACUUCGGCGUGAAGAGAAAAAGUUCAAUGGGGAUAGCAAAGUGUCUAUAUCAUUUGAGAACUACCGAAAGGUGCAUCCAUUUGAAGACAGUGACAGCUCUGAAGAUGAAGUUGAUUGGCAGGAUACUCGCCAUGAUCCAUAUAGAGCAGAUAAACCCACCACUACUCCAAAAAAGGGCUUUAUAGGAAAAGGAAAAGAUAUUACUACCAAACAUGAUGAGGUGGUUUGUGGACGGAAGAACACUGCUCGAAUGGAGAAUUUUGCACCUGAAUUUCAGGUUGGUGAUGGAAUUGGAAUGGACCUGAAAUUGUCCAAUCACGUUUUCAAUGCUUUAAAGCAGCAUGCAUAUUCUGAAGAACGUCGAAGUGCCAGGCUCCAUGAGAAGAAGGAACAUUCUACUGCUGAGAAAGCAGUUGAUCCCAAAACACGUUUAAUUCUGUAUAAGAUGGUCAGUUCUGGAAUGUUGGAGACCAUUACUGGAUGCAUAAGUACAGGGAAAGAGUCUGUCGUGUUUCAUGCAUAUGGAGGAAGUUUGACUGAGGACUCCAAACCUGUACCUUCAGAAUGUGCCAUAAAAGUAUUUAAAACAACUCUUAAUGAAUUUAAAAAUCGUGAUAAGUAUAUCAAGGAUGAGUAUAGGUUUAAAGACCGUUUCAGCAAAAUGAAUCCACGAAAGAUCAUCCGUCUCUGGGCUGAAAAAGAAAUGCACAAUUUAACAAGAAUGCAGAAGGCAGGCAUUCCUUGUCCACAAGUGGUUACCCUUAAAAAACAUGUUUUAGUCAUGUCCUUUGUUGGUCAGGAUCAAGUACCAGCCCCUAAACUAAAAGAAGUAAAACUCAGUAGUGAAGAUAUGAAAAAGGCCUACUAUCAAGUCCUUCAUAUGAUGCAGCAGUUGUAUAAAGAGUGUGGUUUAAUUCAUGCUGACCUGAGCGAGUACAAUAUGCUGUGGCACAGGGGACAGGUCUGGUUGAUUGAUGUCAGUCAGUCUGUGGAACCAACUUAUCUUCAUGGGCUUGAGUUCUUGUUCAGAGAUUGCAGGAAUGUUUCACAGUUCUUCCAGAAGAAUGGUGUAUCUGAAGCACUCAAUGAGCGGGAGCUCUUUAAUGCUGUCUCAGGUUUAAAUGUUGCAGCUGAUAAUGAAGUGGACUUCUUGGCUGAGAUUGAACUUCUGGAGAAGAUGAAUGAAGAUCAUAUACAGAAACAUGGGAAAAAAGUGUCUUUUUUUUCAGAUGAUGACAGGGGUCCACAAACAUUUUGCUACAAAUAGCACUUCUAGUUGCCCUGAAUGAUCUUUUUUGUAUCUAAGUUUUAGUGCAGUGAUUAAAUGUCAGCUGCUAAAGGUGAGAGAAAUUGUGGUCCACUCAAAAUGCCAUAAGUGAAACUUAAGGGAAUGUGCAUUCGUGCUUUGGUGUUUUUAGAAAAGUCCACAAGUUAGUCCUUUUGGAUCAACCAUGCAGCUCUGUGACAAUGAAAAAAAUAAUCUCCUUUCAAUUUGGCAUUUUUUUCAGUUGCAUUAUAGCACAGUUAAAUAUGUGAUAUAAAUAUUUAGAAUUUCUAAAAUAAUGCAACAAUUUCAAAUUAAACUUUAAAGUAAACUCUAAAAGUGGGUAAGAGUGAUAAAUGCUUUUUCCCUCCCUUCUACUAUAUAGUAAUAUACCUGUUGAGGGAGGGAAGGUUAACCUUUUGUUCUGUUCAGAGUAACUAUUCACCAUUCAGUUACUAUUAAAAAUCUCUAUUUUUACAAAAACUCAUAUAAUAUUCUUAAUAUUUGAUAAAUGAAAUUUGUAUUACUGUAAAAAUUAGUCUAAUUUUUUUUCUAUGAUUUUUACACACAAUUAAAAAUAACCGUUGGCUUGUAAUCUGAUUCUUUUUUAGACCAUAAUGUAGUUUUCAAAAUAAAAUUACUACUGACCAUUGUUUCUAUUAUCAAUAGGAAAAAAAUGGCCUUUUAUUUCUUAAAGAACAAUGCUAAAAUAGGAGUUAAAAUUAUCAUUAGACAUACGUAGAGGAAAAAAUACAAAGUGUAAAUUAUGUAAAAUAACUGAGUAACAUGCAUACAUGAAAAGAACCUCCAUUAUAGCUGCAUCCCAGUUACAUAAACUUUGAUUGUUGGUAGAUUUCUAUCAUUGUAGAAAAUAUUGUUUUAGGCAUAAUUCAGAAAACAUCCCUUGUGUUUUAAGUGUGCAUGUGACAUAGCUUCCUAUGUAAUUCAACAUGAUGCAAUUCAUACAACUACUCAAUUGAAAAAAGAAAAUUUACCUAAGGCCUUUUUCUUGAAAUAUGUAAGAAACCUAGAGUUAUGUUAUGACAAUAAACGUGUGUAGGUUCCAUACAGAAAUGACAACAUUCUAAUCUGAUUCUCUACUUCAAUAUAGUUGACUUGAUUCUUGGAGAAUGCUUGUGUGUAACUAGAAUCAUACCUAUUCUGAUAAGGCCUGUACAAAAGAAGUUAAUUUACUGAUACAGAUUUUUGAAGAUGAAUGUGUUUAGUAGGGUGGUGAAACUGUUAAAUAGUCACCUUUACUUUUCAGCAUCUUUUAAAUUUGCCCUUCAUGAUGUAAUGAGGGAAGGUUGCUAUUUGAUGCUCUCACAGUAGUCUUUGAAAAUGCUCCUUCCACGCAGAAUUGGAAAGAAUAAUAAACACAUCUGAUCUUG